CCUGUUUUGAUUAUCGCAACAUUGAAAGGUUAAAGGUAGACAAAUAGCUGUUAAAUUAUGGUUCAUUGAGCCUGUUUUUUUUGUAAAUAUUUGCCCGUAAUAGCAAUAACGGCCAAAUUCUAAUCGCCUGUUUCACGACUCUCUUCCGUGUCGAUAUGGACAGUCGGUGUUUUUGUUGUGCAUCAAAGUUCAGUCUCUUCAAAAAGGAGCUGGGCUGUAAGAACUGCGGCCAUUCCUUCUGCUCCAGUUGUUUGACUUUCAGUGCUGUGGUGCCUCGCUGUGGCAACACCCAGCAGAAGGUGUGCAGGCAGUGCCAUGGUAAUCUGACAAGUCAGGGGUCUCAAAACAGUGCUGGAAGAUGGUCUCCUCCUGAACUUUACAAAAAACGGGUUGCUGCACUUGAGGCCAAACAGCAGGGACAGUCAGCACAGCCUCUUGCACAUGGAGGCAGUAGAAACAGCAAAGCAGGUCAUCUACCAGCCAAAGGCCUGAGUAAAGAAGACCAGGCUAUUACUGAAAGGCUUCAAAAGCUCAAGGAGGACACUGCACCAAAGUCUGUACCCUCUGAAAAAGAGCUUGAGUCUCGCCUUGCUGCUUUGAAAGCUUCCAGCCAACUACCACCUUCUGCACAGGAGAUGGAGGACCGCCUGGCAGCUCUACGGGGUCAACCACUACCAUCUCAAGCUUGUCGACCUGUGCACCGGCCUCCCGAUAACAGGACUCAGACUGAACAAGCCAACUAUCUAAUUACUCAAAUGACAGAGGAAAUUGCAAUUGAUGAUCAACUAUUGAAUCCUGAAUGCAAUGGCCGCAUGAAUGAUCUCAACAAGGGGGAGGGUGGAACACUGGAUGAGAAUUUGGAGGAGAACCAGUGUGAGGUUAAGCAGCUGGAGGCUGAGAAGGCCCGUGUGCUAGAGGAGGCUAUGGAGGAGCUGAGGAAGGAGCACCAUUCCCAGGAUCAGAUCCUCCACAUGGCCAAGAGACUGGCUCAGCUGAAGGGGCAGGACCCAGAAAAAGUUACUAUGGCGGACUUCCUGCAUCCUGACAGUGAGGAAGAGACUGAGGAAGAAGCUGUAAGGAGAGUGUUAAAACAGCUCUCAGAAGAAGCAGCAUUAGAUGAGGCCAGUGGCUACAACAUACCUUUGGAACAGAGGGGGCCGAGGAACACAGAAAAGAAAAAAAAGUCAAAGAAACUGACCCAGGCGUCGGCACCCAAGAGCAGCAUUUCACCAGGUGCUGUUGCACAUCAGCCAUCAGACAGUGACGAGGAUGAGCUUCCAUGGUGUUGCAUCUGUAACCAAGAUGCCACACUUCGCUGUCAUACCUGUGAUGGAGAUCUUUACUGCAACCGCUGCUUCAGGGAAGGCCAUGAUAAAUAUGAGAGGGGGGAGCAUUGCACCACUAACUACACUGCACCAAAGAAGAAGAGGAAGAUGUGAUCGUGAGACCGUAGAUGUUUGCUUUAUCAGGCUCUGGUCAGUCAUUAGAUUUGUGCUUUAGCCUUAAUUGAGCCAUUAUUGCAAAUAAAAUGGUGUUUCAGAAGGUUUAAACACCACCUGUUACCCAAAUCAUGCCAAAACUCCUCAAGUUUAACCACUAGCUUACCUUAUCUAAUUUAUCUUAAGUGUCUAUAAAUAAGGAUUUGUGAGGACUGUGGAAACAGCAGCAUCUGCUUUCUGUAAUGGCAAAAACAUUGAUGCAGAUUAAACAAGGAAACAGUGGCUAACAUGGUAACAUUCAUGGUAAAGUAAAGAGUAGACAAACUUUAAUGUAAAUGCAAUGAAAAUGUGUAUAAAAUGUCAAACAUAGGUCAUAUUUUUUAUGUAAUGUAUAAAAAUAGAUGUACAUACAUCUUGCAGAGGCAGAGCUGUUAUUUCUGUGCACGGAGAUGUCUUAAACUUUAACUCCAUAAGACACUUUUUUCACUUGUCCUACUUCCUAAACACAAAAAAAAGCUCAUCUUAGGCACACUAUGAACUUAUCAUCUGAUUUUUUUAAAAAUUUUGACAGCAUAUACAGAAAAGCAGAGCUGACAUAUCAUGAGCUCUUCUGGAAUGAUGUACUGCACAAUCCAAGACUGCCGUCAGCUCAGGACUGAAGAAGCACCGAGAAGUCAGUAUAAAAGGAUUACAGAGGGCUUUGUUGUCUUCUGGCAGACACCGCAGUCACUCUUGCAGUCACAUGAGUAUUGCUUUUCUUGUCCUUGUGUGUAGUUUCAUUACAAAGGAAGCAGAAGUGCUAGGUGUUAUGUCACAUCUCUUGAGAGAACAGUGUGUUUUUUUUUUUGUUUGUUUUUUUUUCAGUCUUUUUCUAAUUAAAGAUAUCACUACGUGACAAAAAUGCCUCCAUCUGGCAGAAGUGAAAUGCUAGAGUAUGGAUGACCUCCGGAUUAGAGAAGCACGAAUGGAAGUUGGGGCGAACCAAGGAAAUUACUAUAAUGGAGACCUCAGCUGAGACCCUCUCCACAAGACAGAGAGAAGGCCGGAGUGCAGUUUCAUAAGUGUGCAUUACUGUCUAGCUAACUGAAGAAAAACCAUAAUUACUCUCUUCUCCGGGGCCUCGCUCCAUUAAGGUUUAUAUGGAGGUCGUUACUGAGUUUGGCCAUGUUGUACACACACCACAUACAGGAAAUGGAUGAGAAUAAUGGAUGCAUACUUAAUGGCCCUUCCUGCUGUUGAUUUCAUUGUGUUUACCCCUGGACUUGACAUGUGUCCUUUGUUUCAGUCACUCUUUAGAAAAUGUAACGUUAAUGUUAGAAAACAGAACCGUGUAUUCUGGAACAACAAUCCUGUAGUAAAGUCUGAACAGUCGGGCAUUGUCAUUAUUAAAUGCAAACAGGUGUUUUAGAGUAGUACUACAGACCAGCUGCCGACAGUAGUUCAAUUAGUGCAGUAAGUGGAUGGGUUUAAUCAACAUGUCAGUAUUUAUGUAUGUGUGCGGAAUGAACACCUGAUGGUUGGUCCAUCACUUUGUUGAAACUUACAGGUAACCCUGUUGAUAAUUCAGAAAAGACUUGUUGAAAAUGUUCCAUUUUAUUUUGACCAUACAGCAUUGUUAUUGGAGCAGAAGUAUUUAUGUACAUAAAUAGGCAACUGAAAAUGUACAGGAAUAUUCAUGUGCACUAUUGGUAUGUUUAAGGGAGACAAACUGUUGUAGCAGUCCAUAAAUUAAAGUGAAAUCAUAAUAUAAAAAAAAAAAAAUCCAUUCAAAACCCAACUGCUCUCGUGUUGGACUGAUGCUGACCCCAAAAGAGGGCAGAUGGUAGGAAGAGAGUCCUGCUGGCAUGUGAACUGCACAUACAGGCAUCCAAACAGUUAAUGCACAGGUGAUGGGAAGAGAGGAGGUUCCUCAUUGUCUCAGUUCUUUAUUUGACCUGUGAUUAUUUCUUCAAGGGACCUGACAUUUUACGUAGACCCUUUAUCCUGUAGAGUAGCCCGCUGAUAAAAUCCUAUGGGGAGAUGGAGAAAGGUUUUUUUUCUCAGA